UUUGACUAAAUCAUUUGGUUUUGUAAAACGACUAGUGUGUUCAUUUAACAUAGUAACUUAGAUCAUGGUACAAGAUAGGAUUUUAAUCGACAAAUAAGCGGCAUCGAAUAUUAAAUUGGUAUCGUUUAAUGAUUAACGCGAAUCGUUUAUAAAUUAUAAGAAAAUAUUGUUUUCGUAUGUUAUAUUUAAAUGUAGUUAUAAAUAUUAAAAUAGGUAGUGAAAAUACACAAUGUUAUAAUAAUAGUGUCCACUGAUAAAGUAAAUUGUUCAAAUAUAUAUACCUAGGUAUAUAAUAUAUUUACGAUUAUUUGGAAACUACCUACUACCUGGUUAUUUUAUCUUUUUCAGAUGAAAAUCGUAAUAUUUUGGUUAUGAAUUAAACUAUAUUAGUUUAGUACAUCCAUUAUUCAAAAUACAAUUUACAUAUUGUACAUUCUACAUUACUACAUAUAUUUACCAGAAUGUAUUUUAGAAUUAAAUCAAUCAAAUUGUUUCUUAUAGAAAGCGUGGUGGUGUUUUGUAUUAUAGUGAUACUUUCAUAUCGUUACUUAACUUUGAUAGAUGUAUCCAUUAUUGAUCCAAUGACUCGGUUGCCACUGUCUGCCAUACCAAUGGGUCAGUAUAAUAAUGCGGCUGUCGUUUCUAACGGUGAACCAUGUGCAAAAAUCGGAACUGACAUAUUGAAAAGCGGUGGAAAUUCAGUAGACGCAGCAAUAGGUACAUUGUUAUGUGACAGUGUUGUAUGUCCGGAUUUAACGGGCAUCGGUGGAGGUUUCCUAAUGACUAUAUACAACAGAACUACAAACACAUCGUUAUUUAUAAAUGCUCGAGAAACUGCUCCAGCUACCGCCAAGUACACUAUGUAUGACAAAGAUCCGUCGAAAUCGUUAACCGGAGCUUUGGCGGUCGCGGUCCCCGGUAUGAUCCGAGGCAUUUGGGUAUCAUACAAUUUGUACGGAGGAGGAGUUAGUUGGGCUUCUCUGAUCAAACCAACAAUACAACUAUGUGAAGAAGGAAUAGUUGUGAGUAAACGUUUAGGAGCCAAUAUUAACGCAGCAAGGAAUCUUAUUUUAAAAACAGGAUUGAAGAAUUAUUUUUUCAACAAUAAAACGGGAGAUUUAAUGAAGCCAGGUGAUAUUUAUACAAUGCCAAUACUGGGUCAAACUCUACGAGUUAUAGCAAACGAGGGUGCAAAUGCUAUAUACGCUGGAUCGCUAACGCAAAAAUUGGCUGAUGAUAUACAGACUGCAGGGGGAAUUAUAACACAAAAAGACUUCACCGAUUACUCUGUUCUUGUAGAAGAAAGUUUUGAAAUAAGUCUCAAAAAUGGUUACAAACUCUAUUCGGGUUUACCAUCCGGCUCCGGUAUUAUAUUAGCGUAUAUUCUUCGAACGUUAGACGGACAAUUACCUACAUCCAAUGCCGAUUUGGACGCUGUGAGAUUGGUAGAAGCUUUCAAAUUUGCAUAUGGUGAAAGAACUCAUUUGGGCGACCAUAUGUUUGUAGACACAUCUGAAAUAUUAAAAAAAGUCACGUCGGAUAUGUACAUGAAUAGCGUACAGAACAACAUGUCUGAUGAAUACACAUCGACAGAUCCUAAAUUCUACGGAGCCGAUUUCAGUUGGACCGAAGACCACGGAACAGAAAACAUAGCUGUUUUGGAUUCAUUUGGAAACGCGGUUGCGGUAACGAGUACUAUAAACACGGCAUUCGGUAGCGGUUUUCUAUCAGAAAGUACUGGAAUUAUUUUUAAUAAUGAAAUGAACGACUUCUCUACUCCAGGCUCUACUAAUAUCUACGGGUUUCCACCGUCAAUUUCCAACCUUAUACAACCUUUUAAACGACCAAUGUCUUCUAUGUGUCCUACGGUAAUAACCGAUUACAAAGGUGACGUAGUUUUGGUCAUAGGAGGCGCUGGAGGAUCGAAAAUCCCACUCGCUACUGCAUACGUAUCUGCACUCGUUUUAUGGUAUAAUAAAACACUGAAAGAAGCGAUUGAAGAACCAAGAUUAUACCAUCAGCUGAUCCCUAUGCAGGUCGAUUACGAAUACGGAGUGCUUAAGCCUGUUGUUGAAAAACUUAAAAAUGUUGGCCACAAAGUGAGAAGAAUGAUGAAAAAAGAUAAAUCAGCUGUAACAGGAAUUUUCAAGACACCUGAAGGAAUAAUAACGGCAAUGUCUGAUUUUAGACAACAAGGGAACAUAUCUGGAUAUUGACUAUAUAGAUUUAAUUUUAGUUAAUUUCUUGUGUACAUUUUCUAUUUUAGAUACUUUGAUUGUAUUUUAAAAUCUAAAUAUUUCAAUAAUCAAAAAAAGUAUUUUCAAUAAUAAAUAUUCACUUAAAA